AUACAUGAUAUAGAUAUAAUUCUCCAACAUGAUAUAAUUCUCCAAGAACAUAUAAAGUUGUGUUUGUGUUGCAGCUCCUUACCUUUGAUAAAGUAACAAGCAGAUAGAGAUAAGCAUGCCCUCUUUCUUGUCAAGCGUCCUUGACCAGAUCGUCACAGGACAUGACGGGUUGGAGCAGGUGGUCAGUCGCGGUUCAUCGUCCACAGGAGGAGCUAUCAGGAAUGCAGCAUAUAGCCUUGAUCCCUCGACAGCGACUGCAACUGCAAGUGUACCAACUUCGGGUAGAAAUGCAGCACAAGCUGUGGCACAUUCCAGCUUUUUGUCUCAGCAGAAAACGGUGACUCGUUUGCAGCGAACGACGAAUUUUGCAGGUCAGGGGACCACGCCUGCUGCACCUCCCGCAUCGGCGGCAGAAGCAGAAGCAUCAGAAGCUGGAGCAGACGGUAUUUCUAUAAAUAUCAAGCUACUUCUAAAUAAACUAAUGAGUAUGAGUUGUAGCAGGUACUGUGAAUUUAUGUAAAACAAGUAGUUAGAUAGAGACCAUCAAGAUUGUGAUUGUGUAAAUAAUGGAUACAACAAGAACAACUAAUCCUGCUGGAUUAUAACUCGAUAAAAAAAUCUUGAACUGUUUUUAUGUUGUACCAGGUAGUGCAGCACAUCGUGCACAUGAAGCACAACAUCAUACCCAAGCAAUAUAUUCUCCUCAUCUUCCUCUACGAGUAUCAAGAAAUAAGUCCUCAACAACAGCAUUCAUUGAAAAUGGUGAAAGCACUUCAGAUAUGGGGUCGGCCUAUAGUAGCAACGAAUUCUCCAAGAAAAAACCUGAAGAACCACCUGAGUAAACGUCUUCACAUCUUCUCUACUUGAACCACGACCACCUGAGUACUUAAGCAUCUUCAUCUUCUACUUCUCUCUGGUACCUGUAUCAUCUUCAAGAACAAUCUCCUUCUCCUGAUUUCACCUAGAUUCGGCUGCCGCGGCAUCGAAUUUACCAGAGGCUUCUCCUGCUGAGAC